GUGUCGUCUUGAACUCAGCCUGUGCCGUGCACGGUUUCCAGUUCAUCCAUUCCUUUUCUCUUUACUAGCUCCUACUCCAACUACAGUAGAAGCAUCAGCACUCCUUGUCUUGUCUAUUAUCGACGACACAAACGAGCACACACAACCAAAAGUUUCGAGAACCGGUCUUCUCGCUCAAAAGCCAAACACCAAAAAAAACCCCCCCAUCAACCAAAAUGGUCUCUUUCACCAAAGCCCUCCUGGUGGCCAGCACCAUCGCCAGCACGGCGCUCGCGAUGCCGCAACACGUGCACUACAACCGACACUCGAACACGGUCUCGCACCCUCACCUCGAGGAGCGCAGCAGCAGCUCUGCCAGCGGCAAGCGCGGCGCAGCAUACAACUCGGCCAGCACCGUGACGACGCUGAGCUCCAGCGGCAGCGUGACCUGGGGGUACGACUGGAACAUGUACGCGGACGGGACGCUGCCGUCGCACGUGGAGUACGUGCCGAUGCUGUGGGGCAGCAAGAUGUUCACGGGGUGGUUUGCCGCGAUCGAGACGGCCCUCAAUUCGGGGUCCAAGUACAUCAUGGGCUUCAACGAGCCCGACAACAGCGGGCAGGCGGCCAUGUCGUCGGCCGAGGCCGUCACCUACUACCAGAAGUACAUCACCCCCUACAAGGGCAAGGCCAAGCUGGUCACGCCCGCCGUCACCAACGGCGUCGGCUCCGACAUGGGCCUCACCUGGCUCGAGAACUUCCUGAACGGCUGUGGCGGCAGCUGUGGCGUCAGCGUGCUGGCCGUCCACUGGUACGGUGACUCCGCCAGCGACUUCAAGUCCUUCGUCAACAAGGCCGUCGCCCUCGCCGAGAAGUACGAGCUCGAGUCCACCUGGGUCACGGAGUUCGCCCUCAACAGCGCUAUGUCCGCCGGCCAGGGUACCCAGGAGGCCGCCUCCUUCCUCGAGGAGGUCGUCCCCUGGUUGGAUGAGCAGAGUGGCGUCGCUCGCUAUGCGUAUUUCAUGUGCGCCGAUGGUUAUCUGCUGAGUGGGGAGACGCUGAGUGCCAGUGGGAAGGCUUAUAUUGCUUAGUUAGCUUUGAGGCUUUGCCUUCUUGGGGAGAGGGCAGGGGAAGUCAAUCCGGCUUUUCUUGUGCAAUCAUGCUAUUGGAUUAUUUCAUGCUUACGUUUUUUGCUUGUGAUCUUGUUGGCUAUUGAGACCUGUCUCCGUCCAUUCGACAAGACUUGUCAGAUGGAUGUGCUGUACCUUUGAUACCAGUUUGAAUUUCCAGUCCCGUUGUUCUUACAUCCUUGUGCUAGACUAUACAAUCCACAAAAAAAUUCAAUCAAAGAAAGAGUGCCGAUCAAUCUCAUUUUAUCACAUCGAUUAUCCACCCAUUCAAUAAUCAUUACAUUGUAA